AUGAGCGUCACCAGCACGUAUCACUUUGUCAACUCGCCUGCAGACCCCCCUAUCCCCGCCCUUCCACCCAUUCACCCUUCCUCUUUUCCCCACCUCCCCUACGGCGUUCAAGUGGCCAAGGGCGAGGUGUUUGGGCGCAUAGACGUGUUUCGCAGCAUGCAGGCGCGCGUGGAUGGCAUGAGUGUCACCGCCACCUACCGCUUUGUCAACUUGCCGCCGCACGGCGAGGUGUUUGGGCGCAUAGACGUGUUUCGCAGCAUACAAGCGCGGGUGGAUGGCAUGAGUGGCGAGGUGUUUGGGCGCAUAGACGUGUUUCGCAGCAUGCAAGCACGGGUGGAUGGCAUGAGUGUCACCGCCACCUACCGCUUUGUCAACUCGCCCGGGGCUAUCCGCAUCGGGGAGAGCGGGUACGGACCGGAGCUGGUGCGAUCGAAUAUAGUGAUCUCGAAUAAUGAAGCAUACGGAGUCGAUACACCCAUUGUGAUGCACUGGGGCGCCGUGGGUGUAGCCGUGAUCAACAAUUUCGUGCAUGACUUUGGGUUUGCGGGCAUCCGGUGCGGCGCGGACGUGCACUUUGCAGGCGACUGCAUGCUGAGCAACAUUUCCAAUAACAUCGUUUACAACUGGCGGCGGAAUUCGUCAGGGGAUGCGGAUUCGGCAGGGAUCUACUUCUGCACGCACUGGUUCAGCCCUGGGAAUGUUGCAGAGUGCAACUACGUGGCAGGGGGCGAUCACUGCUACUACCUGGACUAUGUGACGUCUGGUGUAGUGAUCCGUGGGGGUGCGUGCAUCAACACGUACGAUGGCAUCAAAGUCAACAAUGGGAAGCUCAACGUGAUAAAGCAUGUGAUUCUGAAGAACGUGGAGGGCAUGCCGGGGUGGUGCACGUGCUUCACACCCACCGUCAACAACUGCCGCAAGGACCCCGGCACAUACUGGGAGGCCAUGCGGCUCAAAUACUAUGACACGGAGCUCUUUCGCUCG